ACUACAGCACUAUGGAAUAAAGUGUUAGUAAGGAGUAAGCUCAACCUUUGUGUGGCAAAGGCAGAUGACCACUUAGCUACUACCCGAAAGCUUGCCGGUUCGAGUUCACCAAGAAGUGACUCAGAAGAAAAGCCUAAUCAUCUACUGCCAAAAGGACCUGGUCAUUGAAGAUCUUAUGCACAGUUUUACUCUGACAUACAUGACGUGGCCGUAAGUCAGAGUUGACGUCAUGGAAGCUGAAAAAGCUAGAAGAAAUACAUUCUGGGUUUGAUGAAAGCAGAAGGAGGAACAUACAGCAUUGCCUUGCGAGUCUCAGGUUACGGUCUGCUUGGAAGAGAACUGACUGGAGCCCCCAGUUUCUCUCACAGGCUCCUCUAAUCAGGUCCCGCUCUAUCAUGGAGUCUGAAAUGAUUUGCAAUGUCAACGGACUUUUAAUAUAUAAAGAUUUUGUCAUAAAUUGGGAUCAAGUGCAGGCUUUCCAGGCAAGGCCAGAUGAUCUUGUUAUUGCCACCUAUCCCAAAUCUGGUACAACCUGGAUUAGUGAAAUUAUAGAUGUGAUUUAUAAAGAUGGUAAUUUGGAAAAGUGCAACGAAGAUUUCAUUUUUAAUCGAGUGCCUUUUCUGGAAUGCAAAAAGGAUGAGGUCUUAGAUGGAGUAAAACAGCUAAACCACAUGGCAUCUCCUAGGUUAGUGAAAACUCAUCUGCCAGUUGAGUAUCUUCCUGUCUCAUUUUGGGAAAAGAACUGCAAGAUGAUCUAUCUUUGCCGGAACGCUAAAGACGUGGCUGUGUCUUACUAUUAUUUCCAUCUGAUGGCCGCCGGUCAUCCCAAUCCUGGAACAUUUCCAGAGUUUGUGGAGAAAUUCAUGGAUGGGGAUGUUCCUUAUGGUUCCUGGUAUAAACAUGUAAAAUCCUGGUGGGAAAAGAGGGAUAACCCCAAUGUACUAUUUCUGCUCUACGAAGAUUUGCAAAAGGAUCUGAGAAAAGAAGUGAUAAAAUUGUAUACUUUCCUGGGAAAGGAGCCAACAGAGGAGCUUGUGCAUAAGAUUCUGAACCGUACUUCAUUCCAAGAGAUGAAGAAGAAUCCAACUACCAAUUAUACAGCACUACCAGAAGAGCUUUUCAACCAUAAAGUGUCCCCCUUCAUGAGAAAGGGAUGCGUGGGAGACUGGAAAAAUCACUUUACUGUGGCACUGAACGAAAGAUUUGAUUUACGCUAUGACCAGGAAAUGAAAGGGCUGACCCUGAGAUGCCCAACUGAGAUCUAAGAAGGACUGCCAUGUCUUAACAUUUCUGAAAAUUACUUUUUCCUUCCACUCACUUUUCCCUACAGACUUAGAGAGGAAUAUUUUCAAUGUUUGUUUUUAUAAUAUUACUGUACCUAUAAUUUCUUAAUUUGGAAUUGUUCUUUGUCUAAAUGAAAAACUCAAGUUGUUCCUCUCUUUAAAUUAUGAAAUGUGUAGGUUGGAAAAGUCUACUCAGAACUAAUAGUGAAUUUUCAGCAUUAUUUUUCUCUAAGUAUCCUUAUUCUUUGGCACAAAUAUGAAACUACUUUAAAAAAUCAAUAUUAGCAUGGUAGAUAAAAAUGAUGUGUAAACAUUUUCAAGCAUAUCAGUCAUUUACCAUUUUUUAUUUUAUUAAGACCUCCUUUUCCUCAAGCGUGCAAUUGUUGUUUGUUUUAAUUACAACUCAAAUACAAACCCCCUGCAGUUGGGUCGAUUGCCCAAAGAACUGCUCCAAUAGAGUAUCCAAGACUAUAAAUCUUUACAGAAACAAAUUGCCCUCUAUUUGUCCUUUUGGUUAACAGCUAAGUAUUUUAAUGUCCAUGCCAUCAGGACUACUCUUCUUCUAAUUAAACUCAUUUUAUUUCCCAUGAGAAGCAGUGAGGGAGGUCAAACCACUGCCACCUAGCAUUUAACAGUCAAAUGCUUACCCAUGACACCACCAGGGAAAAUCACAGCUGGACCAAGAAGCAACAUCAGGAUCAAGGAGAAAAGAUUGAAAUUGUCAAGUAUUUCAUGCUACUACCCUAGAAAUAAUUUGAAUGUGUUUUGUUUAUGUUUAUACUCAUUUAACCAAUUUGAAGAUUUUUUGUCUUAGACUUCCUUCUAUCCUACAUAAAUGUAAUCAAUACAAGCUCUGUAUUUUUAGUUUUUAGUUGGGCAAUUGUCAAUAAACAAAUGCAUAGAAAAUCUAA